UUACAUUACUGGCUUAUCCUCACAUCAACCACCGCAUUGGCCUCAAAAUCUCAUCCACGCAAACUCUAAUCCAUUUCCAACCGAAAAAAAUCCUGCUGCCCUUCUUUUCUCACUUCUUCUGCAGCAACUCACAACCAAUUGCUAGAAAGGAGCUUCCUUUCCUCUUCUUCUCCUUCUCCUUUUUUACAUCAUCACAACCAUGGCCGCUGCAGUAACUGCUGCAGUCUCUUUUCCUUCCUCCAAUUCCAUUUCUCUCUCCUCAAGAACUUCUCUCGUAGCUCCAGAAAGAAUCACCUUUAAGCAGGUUCCUGUUUAUUUCAAAGAUGUUUCUGCUGGUGGGAGAGUGGUUUGCAUCAGAGCCCAGGUCACCACUGAGGCUCCUACUAAGGUUCAGAAGGAAUCCAAAAAAAUGGAGGAAGGUGUGAUCGUUAACAAGUUCAAGCCUAAAAACCCUUAUAUUGGUAGAUGCCUUUUGAAUACUAAGAUCACUGGUGAUGAUGCUCCUGGAGAAACUUGGCACAUGGUGUUCAGCACUGAGGGAGAGGUUCCGUACAGAGAAGGGCAAUCUGUUGGUGUAAUUCCAGAUGGCGUGGACAAGAAUGGGAAGCCUCACAAGCUGAGAUUGUAUUCAAUUGCCAGCAGUGCCCUUGGUGACUUUGGAGACUCCAAAACUGUUUCCCUCUGUGUGAAGCGGCUUGUGUACGUCAAUGAAAAAGGAGAAACUGUAAAAGGAGUCUGCUCAAAUUUCUUGUGUGACUUGAAACCUGGAUCUGAAGUGAAGAUUACAGGACCAGUUGGAAAAGAAAUGCUCAUGCCUAAAGAUCCCAAUGCCACAAUCAUCAUGCUUGCAACUGGCACCGGUAUUGCGCCUUUCCGAGCGUACUUGUGGAAAAUGUUCUUUGAGAAGCAUGAGGACUAUAAGUUCAAUGGUUUGGCAUGGCUCUUCUUGGGUGUCCCCACAAGUAGUUCAUUGCUGUACAAGGAGGAAUUCGAGAAAAUGAAGGAGAAGGCCCCAAACAACUUCAGGGUUGACUUUGCCGUAAGCAGAGAGCAAACAAAUGAGAAAGGGGAAAAAAUGUACAUCCAAACUCGCAUGGCUCAGUACGCGGAAGAGCUGUGGGAGUUACUGAAGAAAGAUGACACCUACGUCUAUAUGUGCGGAUUGAAGGGGAUGGAAAAGGGAAUUGAUGACAUUAUGGUAUCACUGGCAGCUAAAGAUGGCAUUGAUUGGUUGGAGUACAAAAGGUCAUUGAAGAAAGCAGAACAAUGGAAUGUGGAAGUAUACUAAUGAACGAAUACUUGUAAAAAAAUCUCCUCCUUUAAUUUUGAGUAUUUCAAGCAGGCAACCUAUAAUGAUAUGUUUUCCAUGUAUUGUGUGGAUAAACAAUAUCAUAUGACUGUAAUUUUUCUCUUAAUAUUUUUUGCUA